GAGAAGUUUCGCAGUCGACACAUAGGCAAGGCCGUCCCCGCCCAUCAUGCGAGGGAUUCGGAGCCCAGUGAUUACCCUUGCGGUAAUCCUCCACGUCGCUCUGGUAUCGGGCAAGGCGUUGAUACCUCAAGAACAACAACCGCAACAGCAGUUGCAGAAGGUUGACCAAAAGGAUGUCGCACAGAACCGCGAUGGCUACGAUUAUCCAGUGCCCAACGAUGUAGUCAGUCCAUUCCAGGACGGGCCACAUCUAGGCGAUGACCACGACAUCGGCGAUCAUCAUGAUCACAUCGAACACGAUCACCACGAAGAGCACCACAUUGAAGAGCACCACGAACACGAUGAUCAUCAUGACCACCAUGACCACCACGACCCUGGCUAUUGGAAGAAAAAAUUAAUCUGGAAACCGGGAUGGAAGAAGAUUUGGAAACCAGCCAAGAAACAAAUAUGGAAGCCCUCUUGGAAAAAGAUCUGGAAACCAGUGUGGGUACCGAUUAAAGUCCCCGUGUGGAAGGAAAUUAAGGUCCCCGACUGGAAAAAGAUUUACAAACCAGAAUGGAAACCUAUCAAAGUUCCAGCAUGGAAAGAGGUUAAAGUACCAGAUUGGAAGAAAAUAACUGUCCCCGUAUGGAAAGAUAUAGUAGUACCGGGCUGGAAGGAAAUCCAGGUCCCCGCUUGGAAGAAGCUUUGGAAACCCGAAUGGAUCAAGGUUGGAGUACCUGGAGAAAAAUAUUUGGGUAAAGACCACGAUGGCUGGGAAUAUACAUCACAUGACCUUUGGAAAAAGAAGCUCAUUUGGAAACCAAUUUGGAAGAAGUAUUGGAAACCAGCUAAAAAGCAAAUCUGGAUCCCAGACAAGAAAUUAGUUUGGAAGGACGAGUGGAAACAAAUUUGGAGAACCGAGAAAAAACAGAUCUGGAUUGAUGACAAAAAACUCGUCUGGAAAGAAGCCUGGCAACAAAUUUGGAAACCAUCGAAGAAGCUCAUCUGGGUGCCUGACAAGAAAUUAGAAUGGAAAGAAGCCUGGAAACAAAUCUGGGUACCUGACUGGAAGGAAAUUUGGGUUCCUGGCGUUAAAAAGAUUUGGAGACCAGUUUGGAUAUCAGAGUGGUUCCCUUCACCAGAUCAUCACGAACACGUACAUGAACAUGAGCAUGGCUGGGAUAGAAGCGAUAAUGCUGGAUCUGAAAGUCAGAAAUCAGUCAAUGUGGCAUCAGCAGUUUCAAAGCAGCCGUCAAGUACACAGCCCCCUCAAGCAACUAUGUGGCGAUUCCCAAAAUAAUCGUAUACUCGUAACCUAGUACUUAUACGGAUAUGAAUCGGAAAUGGAUUCAAUGUAUUAUUAAAUAUUCCUGUCCCGGGAAUCAUUGCCAUAUUAUGAAGACAAUAAGACUAUUGUAGCAACGGAAGCAUGGCAUCAAGCAUCGCAAAUAGGUAAUUAUAUUUUGUAUUAAAUCUAUUUGCGUGGCGAAGUAAAUAUAUGCGAUGCGAUGUUUCUUUUGGUGUUAAAUAAUAGUCGUAUUUUUACUCAUCGGCUUAUAUUAUGACGUAAGUAGUUCCUAGCAUGUUAGCGACACAUAGAGGUGACUGUGUCAUGGAGCAGCUUAAAAUUAUUCGUGUCUUUAUUUGCGAAAAAAGCUUUAAUUGUCAACCUCAAUUUAAAUUAGGACAUAUGAACUUAGGAAUAUAUUUUCAAUGAACAUGUUUAUGGCUAUGAGUUGAUUUUAUUAAUUUCUAUGUGCCACAGCAUUGAUUUUAUUGUUGCCAAAGUCGUUGGUUGAUCGAUCGUGGUAGAUAUAUUUGUGUUUUUAUAACUAAAACACGAGAAAUAUGCGGGAACCUUCAUGAAAUGGUUUACUUUUUGCCCUCGAUUGAAUGACUGAUAACGGUUACCCCACUGAUGUUUGUGCGUUGUUGUUUUGUGAAUAUUAGGUUAUUAUUAUUUUUAAGUUGUUUAUAGCGAAACCAAAAUACAUGUUAAUGUUUUAAAUAAAUGACGUUCGUUAAUAAA